AUGCGUUCACUUGCGGUGUUGGUAGCUCUGACCUUGGUGGCAACAUCGAUCCAAGCGCCAUGGAUGCAAGAAGCCUCAUACACGGACGCCUUCGCGAGGUCUCAGAUGCUUCCUCUGGCCGCAGCCGCCUAUGCUUCCGCGCCGCAGACUUGUCUCACCAACAAGUUCACGAACGCUCAGGUUUCUCCACGAGGUUCAACUUUUCGGAACUUAACUUCAGCUCAAACGCCAAAUCACUGUCAAAUGCGACGGCUUCAAAGGGGACGACUGUUCUGGCUACACCGCAGCUCUUCACACUGAAAAGGCGAUCGUUGUCAGUUUCCGGUAAAUUUAGACAUCUUUCUGAGUGAAACAGUGCUUUCUUUUUAGUGGAACACAAGGAUUUCUCCAACUGGUAUCAGAAGCUGACAAGAGCGUGUUCCAAUUCCAGGUAGUAAUAACAUCCCUCUCUUCCUCUUAAAAUCUUGUAAUUAUGCUUUCCGUUUUUCUUUUUGUUUUAAAUAUUUAAUUUGGCGACCGUCAUUAGGGAAAUCGUCUUCUCAACUUUGAAAACAUCUGAAAAAAAAACAAGAAAAAAGUUGGAAUAAAUGCAAAAAAUUCAAACUUGCCUUCAGUCUCCCUGGGUCGCUGGAGGAAAAGUCUCAAAAUAUUUUGCGGACGGAUUCCUGAAGGUUUGGAACAGUGGAAUGAAAGAUGACUUCAUCGAUCUUCAAUCCAAAAACCCCGGCUAUCAGAUCUGGGUGAGUAAAGCCAUUUCCAAUAAGUAUAGAGAAACCGACCCUAUAGGUAACUGGACAUUCACUCGGAGGAUCUAUGGCUUCCCUAGCCGCUUCCUACAUUGUCAACUCUAAACUGGCCGCUGGAAGUAACGUGUACCUGGUGACUUACGGUCAGCCAAGAACGGGAAACAAAGCUUUCUCUUCUGCUCACGACAGCCAGGUAAUGAUGCCGAGCUAACUCGAAACCAGAAUUUUAGUUCGCUUACUCUUACCGAGUCACACACUAUCGAGACGUUGUUCCUCACAUUCCUAACGAAAACUUUGAAGGGUACUACCAUCACAAGUCUGAGGUAAAAUCUCUUUUUUUAACGAGAAAUGAGCUGUUUAAGGUUUACUACAAAAACAACAUGAAGUCCGGCGCAUCCUUCACAAUUUGCACAGGUAUGCUCAAUUUCUGAGCUGAGAGUAGAGGUUGUUGGAAUUCAGCGGACGAAGACAGCAAAUGCUCUGACGGACUGUGGAUCACGACAAGCAUUACUGACCACCUGCACUAUUUUAACAUUGACGUUUCGGAUUACGGCGCAAAAAGGAUGCAAAUGAACAAAAAAAUAAAAAUUUUCUCUGAAUGA